UGAUCUUGGCGACCCGCACUCAUAGUUUAGGUGGUCGUUCACCAAAAUCGUUCGUUUUAGCGACUCGCCUGGUUUCGUCGAAGCCCGGGUCGAAGUGACAAGAAGCGUACCGUACCUGUAACCCGGACCACCCUUGCAUGGACCGCAGCAGUGCACAGUGAUUUUGGGAGUUUUUUUUUGUAUGCGAAAAAAUUGAAAAAAGUACAGACGAAUUGAAUCGACCAAGAACAACACAAGUGUGAAAACAGAAAACGGCUCGUGUUCCGUGCCGAGAGCUUCGGAGAGUGAAACGAAAGCGAAAGUGUUGAUACGUUCUGUGCGUUGCAGCUGAACGGCGGCGAACAGUAGUGUGCAGUGCAGUUUGGAGUUUCGUGACAAGAUUCUCGGUCUAGUUGGAGCGCUGUGAGAAUAUUUCAAAAUGAACCAUCGAACGAGGGCCCUGGUGGGGCUGCUGUGCAUAGCGGGGCUGGCGACGGGCCAGCUGAACCAAAGCUACCGUCCGGAGUUCUUCUCGCCCGGUCAAGGCUUCCAGUCGGUGUCGGCGCAGAUCUCAAGCAGUAAUGUUCAGCAGUUUAAGCGACAGGCUCCAGGCGGUGGCGGUCCGGGGGGUGCCGAUGUCAUCCCGCAUGACCAGAAGAAGCAAACCACCUUCUGGUGGGUGGCACCGGACACCCCGUUCAAGGCUACUAAAAUCGGUGGUGGUGUCCAGGAGCCGCCCAGUGCCGAUGGUGACGAUGGUGGUGCGGCCGGUGCUGCUGCUGCUGGGGCGGCAGGAGCGGGUGCGGCAGGUGUUGCCGGUGGGCAGACCGUGUCCCAGAGCGCUUUCCAAGCUUCGGCCGCGCGCACCGCGUCCGGCCAGGCUGGGCAAGCGUUCGGAGCGGGCGGAACCACAACUUCCAUCCAGUCGGCAACGGCUUCCCGCACGAUCGGCACACAGACGCAAGGGUUCCAGGGGGCCGGUGUGGCAGCGGGCGGGGCGGCCGGUACGAUCGGUGGCACGCGGACGAGCAUCAGCCAGAGCUCGUCCAGCCGUACGUUCGGCACGCAGGGAGCCGUGGCCCAGCCCGCCGUCAUUGCCGGCUCUUCGCGAACCAGUUCGACCACCUCGAACACUCAGGUCAACACGGGCACGGUACAGCCGGGCGUUGGUGCCGGCGGUCUGCGCACGUCCACGAUCAUCCGCCAGUCGAAAACGCAAACCACGACCGGUGUUGCGCCCGUUCCGCCUCCACCACCCACCACCUCCAUCCAGAGCACGACGACCGGCGUGCGGACGGACACCAUCACCUCGAACGUUAACCGGCCGGUGCCUCCCACCACCGUCGGCAUUACUAAACAGACUAACGUAGAUACGCAGCGUACCAAUACUAUCCAAACUAACCUCUAUCCGGGGCAGCCGGGGCAGCCGGGCAGUACUUCCACCUCGUCGGUCGUCGGGACCGCUACCAGGACGACCGGAUUAACACCAAAUAACUACGGCGGCACGACGGUGACGAAGACGCAGGAGCGUACCGACGGUGGCAUCACGAGCAAGGUUAUCACCACCGGCACGAUUACGCGCCCGUACUUCAAGCAAACGACGCUCACGUCCGACGGCUACAACUACCCAGUGCCGGAAACGAUUCCGUGCUACGAGCCGAGCAAGAUCUGCGCCCCGAACCAGUACUGUAACGAUGGAUUCGUCGACGAGUCGCAGCUGAACCUGUUCAACACGAACAAUCAGAACUGCAACUCGGCCACGGAACAGUGCUGUAAGAUUCGGCCGACGCCAGCCACGCGCUGCCCGGACGACAGCUACGUCUGCGUAUCGCCCAGCUUAUGCAACAACGGCCUGCUGAACUUCGAUGCACAGAAUGCCAUCUCCACGAGACAACCGACUGGCGAAUGUUACGCACCGGAAGUAUGCUGCAAGCAGCAGUCGCUGCUGUCCCAGUCGACCGUCCUGACCAACGAGGGUUACGUCGUUAAGGUACCGGAAAAUCAGUACCUCCCACCGGAGGGUCAAAACACCGUCACAAACAUUCAAACUGCACCCCCACCACCACCACCCACCACACCUCGCCCACCGCCCACCACAACACGCUAUGUACCGCCACCCACCACCACACGCUACGUCCCACCGCCGACCACCACGCGCUACGUACCGCCACCGACCACCACCCGGUACGUGCCGCCCCCGACGACGACGCGCUACUUCCCCCCACCGACCACCACGCGUGCACCGUUCCGCGGCGAGGAGUACAUUCCACCCAGGGAGGAGGUGCCGGCCCCGUCCAAUGACGACCCUAACAAGAUCAGACCUCCACAGGACGAGAUCCCGAACCCGGCCAACGACACGCCGGUCGUGAUCCGGCCGACGACCCAGCGCCCCUUCCAGCCGCCGCGCCCGCAGGGCCCGGAGGCACCGCCGCCACUGCCGCCGGUAGGCUGCUCCGCUGCGAUGAACUGUACCGAGGAGGAGUACUGCUCGUCGACCGGCGUCAUCUCCAAGACGCCCGUCGUGCUGACGGAGGAGCAGAAGCUGUUCCGCGUGCCGGUCACGCCGUGCCGCAACCUGGAGCGCGGCUUUACCGGCGUUUGCUGCCGCGAUCCGGACUACGUGGACCCGUGGCCGGUCGGUCAGCUCGGUCAGUACAAUCCGGAGAUUCUGGGCUUCGACGACGGUUCGUACAAACCGACCAAUGGCAACGGCAACGGUAACGCGGUUGGUAAUGGCAAUGGAAACGGCAAUGGACGUCGUCCGGGCGAGCCGAUUCAGGCGUCCCCGUCGCAGGUAACGUCCACACAAUCGUUCGCACCGAACCAGUUCGUCAGCCAGACGGCCUCAGUCACACAGUCGAAGUCGCAGUACGAUCGGGGCGUAACGGCGUCCGCUUCCUUCCAGUCGACCGUCGGCCAGCGGGUGAACGCGGCACCGGCCGGGCUACAGUUUACCAACAGUGGCAACACGCGCUUCCGCCCGUUCCAGAACCAGCGUUCGGAGAGCACGUUCGCUAAGCCACAGCAGUGUGCGCCGAGAAACUAUAACACACAGCCACGCGGGGCAGGACCUCUUGGAACCGGAUUCGGCGAGUUCCCGUGGCAGGCGAUGGUGCUGCUGGAGACGAACAAGUCGCUGCUGUGCGGAGGAGCCAUCAUUUCGGAUAACACCGUCGUAACGGCGGCCAACUGUGUCUAUGGACUGAACCCACGAACGAUCCAGAUCAAGGGAGGCGAAUGGCGCCUGGGAGUCGACGCGGAACCAAAGACAUUCCAGAUCGUGCGCGUCAAGGACAUCGUGUACCAUCCGGCGUACAAUCCGACCACGCUGAACUACGACGUCGCCAUGCUGGUGCUGGAGGACCGCCUGAAGUUCGACACGCACAUCGGCUCGAUCUGUCUGGAUGAGAACGACGUGGUGCCGAGCGCUUCGUACGAGAACUGCGUUACCACGGGCUGGGGCAAGGAAGUGCUUAAGAUUCACAUCCAAAACGCUCUGAUGCAACAGAUGUCGAUCUCGCUGCUGUCGGAAGCGGAAAGCCAAAGCCAGCUGCAGCGCAACGGUUUCGCACCGGAGUCGCACAUCUGUGGCCGACCGUCCGGCGACGCCUGUGAGGUCGAUGUGGGCAGUGCGCUGGCCUGUGCCGAUACGAGCGGUACCUACUACCUGAAGGGCGUGUACUCGGCCGACAACGGUUGCAACCGGCCGGAUCAGAUCGUUUCGUUCUCGAACAUCGAUGUGCAGUGGAUCAAGCAGGCGCUGAAGAACCCGAACCAGUUCAUCACGCCGGUGCCGAACUAUCAGACCGCGGCCAACAGUCCACAGGUGUCGCGGGUACAGCUGCAGUCCACCCAGGGCCCGGCCUAUAACAAUAAGUACCUGCCACCGUAUUAAGGCGAACCGGACAGAGUCGAAGACACGGCAGAACAAAGCACCUACACCAACUAAUCAACAUCCAGUGAUAGUACACGAAUAUAAACAUACACACAUGAACAGGAAGCUCCGUGGAAGGUCCCUGAAAGUAGAGCAAGAGGAUAAUGGUGGAUCUUUCUCGGCAUAGAGCAAUCCGUUCAGCAUUACAUACCAUUUCACACGUAACGUACCACCAAUCAGCAUCAUUAUUACACGCCCAUUUACACAUUACACUAGAACAACCAGUACACAACCACACACAUAUACAUACACACCUUUCCCGGGUGGUGCUACACUUAGGCGUUAAGUGAAUCUUGUCCCCCUUCAUUUUACACCAUCGAGAUGAAAACACACGAACCCCCCCGAGAGAGGAAGAAGGGAUCCAAAUGGAUGUUCAAACCAAUUUUCCCACAACACUACAAAACACUUUAAUCUUCACCAUCUUCACCCAACACGUCCCCAACUCGUCCCCAACUCGUGCUCCACGUUCAAAGCUCGGGUCCCGGGUGUGUUGCUGUGUGCGCCAGAGCAUCACACGAUGUGUCUUUCGGUGGCCAACACUACUCACCAUUAGCCUGUAGUGAACUGCUGGAUUUUCUUCAACAACAUAGUAGCGCUCGUAUCCACAGAUCAAGUUAAUCGUCAUCACCAUAGCAACACAUGACACACGCAAACACGUGGCUACACGCGGUAUUGAAGCACAUCACUAAAGUGAGGACUCUGGAGCACCUGGGAUCAUACUCCGGUGCGCUCCGGCAACGUCUCGCAAACACGCACACUAAACUGGCAGAAUGGCACACCAGCCACACCGUGACCGGGCGUUGGAGCGCGAAGCACCACGUGGGCGUUACUAUCUUUUUACAUCUGUAAUAUUAUUUAAUUACCUGUACAUAAUAAAUAUUGUAAGCUUUCAUCGUUUUUAGGAAAUAA